UCUAGGGGUCCCGAGUCCAGGUCCCGGCCCAGGCUCGCGGCCAUGCGGCCCCUGCUCGGCCUCGUCCUGGUCUUCACCGUCUGUACCUUCUCCCUGUACCUCCUCUCCGUCAGGCUACCGCGGCACCCGAGGCCCAAGGAUCGGCUGGGCAAAGAGGGGGAUGAGGUGGAGGAGCCAGGUUCUAGGGCACUCAAGUUUCCUUCGGACUUGGAAGAGCUGCGAGAGCUCUCAGAAUUUUUGCAGGACUAUAAGGGGGAACACCAGGCCUACGUUCUGUUGUUGUUCUGCAGUGCCUACCUCUAUAAACAGUGCUUCGCUAUCCCGGGCUCCAGCUUUCUGAACAUUCUGGCUGGAGCCUUAUUUGGACCAUGGAUAGGACUCAUCCUGUGCUGUGUGCUGGCCUCAGUGGGCGCCACUUGCUGUUACCUGCUGUCCAGUGCUUUCGGAAAACAGUUAGUGGUCUCCUACUUCCCAGAUAAGGUGGCCAUGCUGCAAAAAAAGGUAGAAGAUAACAGGAACAGCCUGUUCUUCUUCCUGCUCUUCCUGAGGCUCUUCCCCAUGACACCCAACUGGUUCUUGAACUUCUCGUCCCCGAUUCUGAACAUCCCCAUCGUGCAGUUCUUCUUCUCCAUCCUCAUCGGCCUCCUCCCGUACAACUUCAUCUGCGUGCAGACGGGCGUCAUCCUGUCCAGCGUCACCUCCCUGGACGACAUCUUCUCGUGGGUCACCGUGCUGAAGCUGCUGGCCAUCGCUCUGGUGGCCCUGAUCCCCGGAACGCUGAUCAAACGCUUCGGCCGCAGCCGCCUGAGCCUGGACGAGUCCGGCAGCGCCCAGCUGGGACACGGCAAAAAGGAGACGUGACGGGAGCCGGGGCCGGGCCGGCCUCUCGGUGGAGGCGGGGAGGGGGGCUUCCAGACCUCCCCGUGUCUCUGCGCCCCUUUGAGGAGGGCCACGAGGGGCUUCUCGGCCCGGGGCGGCUCCACCUCUGUGGCUGGCCUGAUGGUCAAGGCUCGCCGGGCCUCCCUCUUAAGUGAGGGGGAGGGGCUCCGGCUGCCUCGGCUCUCCUCGGCCUUCAGCCCUCUGGCCUGCGCUUUUGGGGGCCAGCCAGCGGCGACCCUAAACUCGCCUCCUUUCCCAGACUCGCUGCCAUCCGUCCAGUUCCUGGGCUGGCCGGGCUCCCCCGAGGUCUCUCGAGGGCGUCCUGCGACCUUCCUCCUCCUCCUCUUCGUCAGCCUUCUUCCGUGUCCUCUCUUGGGGGGUUUAUCCUGGUCUCCUGGAUCUUUCCUCUGGGUCUCGGGGGCAGGAGUUGGGGAUGGAGAGCAAACGGGCUUUUUCCAUGAGAUUAACAGCUUUAGGGCGGAGAGGCAAAGGCUCCACCAUCAGGGUCCAAUGACUUGCCCAGGGUCACACAGCUAGGAAGUGUCUGAGGCCACUUUUGCACCUGGGACUUCCACGCUCCAAGGCUGGCUGGGCCUGGAAGGAUGCAGACGCGGGGAGGGGAGGCCUGUGGCCCCGACUCCUGGCCCGGGUGUCCCCUCGCUGCUCCCUCCUCGCUCGGUCACCUUCCUGAGAUGCCGGAGACAAUCGGAACAAACUGGCUAUUUGUCAUCCAUGAGUUUUAAAUUACAUUUUGCUGCUAUCAUCCGAGCAUUCUAACUGAAUGAAUGGUCAGCGGGCGGCCCGGGCUACCCACACGACAGCCUCGGUGACUCCCGGCCGCCGGGACGCUCCAGGGAAGGAGGGCCUCGGGGAGUCCCCGUGAAUGUUCCUGCCAAGGACGUCCCGCCUUCUCUGCCGAGCCUUUCCUGAUGAGAGCAUCUGCUCCUAGAGGGGUCUCCUCGGUUCCUGGCCCCCCGCUUACAGCUCGAGGGGUGACCUGGCCCAGGAGCCUGACCAUGUUUGCCGAGGUCGGGCCUGUCCUGGGCGGCUGGGGACCAGCCACUCGCCUCUGUGUUCUGGUCACUACCCAGGUCCGAGGCCCUCUGGGGUCUGGGGUGGGGCUGUGGCCGGCCGGGAGUAUCUCCAGCCACAAAGCAGCUUCUUCAAUAAAUGUAAAAUGCCUUUUC